AUGACUGGGCCAGCAAUUGAGGGUUUGGCUUGCGGCGGAAGCAAGGGUUACCCAGUGACUAAGCUCGACAAAAAGCCCCGACAAUCGCGCAGAAAAGGAACAAAGUCCAAGAAAGCCGUUGCUGUCCGUGAUUUGGUUCGAGAAAUCGCUGGAUUUGCUCCCUAUGAGAGAAGAGCCAUGGAGUUCCUCAAGAUCAGCAAGGACAAGAAAGCUCUGAAGUUCUUGAAGAAGCGCGUUGGAGGACACGGCCGUGGCAAGCAUAAGAGAGACGAACUCCAAGACGUGUUGAUCGCCAUGCGCAAGCAUCACAAA